GUUUUGCCGAAAUUAGCAUAUAAAGAAGUAUGAACAAUCUUGUAGUACGUUGUUAACUUUCCAAUUCGUUGUUGACAUCACAUGAUUAAGUCAUGCGCUAAAUAAUGUUACAGAUACAAGACUGAGUUUUAUUAAUAAUAAGUAGUUUUAUGCACCGUAAACAUGCCUUCGUUUUCGGUUAUAGCCUUUGUGACUGUGAUAUUUGCUGUUUUAUUUGGUGACUACAUAUGUGUUUCUAACCAGAAAUCAAAUGGAGUGUCUUUAGCCCAACUAGGAAUUACAACGUCGACCACUCCGUGGCCAGAGCUUGGCAAAAGGCCUCCUCCCAAACAACAAAUCACUGCCAACACUCAACCUGUAAAUAAUAAACAAAAUGCUAAUACAAGACCUGUAAACAGUCAAGACCUUUUCAUAAGAAAUGAACAAAACUAUGGACAACCGUUUGUUCCUAAUAACCAAAACAUGGGUAAACCUAAUCAAAUGCGUCCAGAUGCAUUUGUUCAAUCCCAACAGAAGCCAACACAGAAUUCACAGACAAAACCUAAUAAUCUAAUGAGACAAGACACGUUUGUUUUAUCUCAAAGGGGUGAAGUAAACCCCAACAACCAACAACAAAAUGCUCAAAUCAAACCAAAUUCUAUGAUGCUCCCUACGUCCAAUCAAAACGCCAACAAACCGCCCCUAAACCGACAAGAUACUUUCGUAAUAUCGCCAAAAAAUCCUACACCACCAACGAAUGGACAAAGACCUCUUGUCAGACAAGAUACGUUUGUUGUUAAACCAGGUCCACAGACUCCCGGGAGCCCCAAUUUAAUGGGCGGCCCCAAUAACGCUUGGAACAACGGUAACCCAUUGACGAAACCCCAAAUGGGAGGCGGCAGUGCCCCAAACAUGAACGUGAUGGGAGGCAGCAAUGCCCCAAACAUGAAUGUGAUGGGAGGCAGCAAUGGCCCAAAUAUGAAUGUAAUGGGAGGCAGCAAUAACCCAAAGAUGAACGUAAUGGGAGGCAACAAUGGCCCAAAGAUGAAUGUAAUGGGGGGCAGCAAUGCCCCAAAAACGAAUGUGAUGGGAGGAGGUACGCCGUCGAAAGCGGGCGGGCCACAAAAUAACGCGUGGGGCAACGGUAGCCCUUUCGGUACUUCCAAUAAACCUAACACAAAUCCUUUGCCAACUAAUAAGCCGGGCGCUAAACCGGGUCCUUUAACAGGGUCGGCCAUCAGUAACAUGGGAGGAGGUGUCUCCAACAAUAACUAUGUACCGCCAGCCGGGAAUAUCAGCGAAGACGACGAAUUGAGGGAGUUUGCCGAAAACUUGUUGAAAAAGGACGUGAACAAUGCCGCUAAGUAUGUUACCAUCAACUUUCAAAAAAUGACCACCUCUUGGUCUGGAACGGAUGAAGCUCCACAGCCGCUUUUAACAAUAGAUAAAAAUGCUUUCUCCAUUCCGUCCAUACAAAAAAUGAUGUUACUGUACAACAACUAUAUCCUUGAAACAAACGAAAAUGAACAUUACACUGCCCAAGAAAAAUUGGAGGAGAAUGAUCUUCUGGAUGUUAUUUUACAAACGCCAGUGAUGCAAUACACCAGGAACUUCCUGAUCAAAAAAGGCAAACUGGGAAAGGAUCCGGCCGAAUUUAAAAGCUUGCUGCGUGAAAUCUGGUUCAACAUGUAUUCAAGGGGUGGAGGUAGAAUCGGCUCAAGUGGAUUCGAACACGUGUUUUUGGCCGAACUGAAGAAGGCGGAAGUCUCUGGUCUGCACAACUGGGUAUACUUUAACGCCGAAGAGUCACAGAAUAGAGCCAACUAUUUGGGCUAUUUGAAAAAGAUCGAUCUUGGUGGAAAAGGGGCCAUCCUCAAACACCACUUCACGUUUCACGGAGUUGAUAAGCCCGUAGGUUCCAUGUUUAUUGGAACCAGUCCGGAGUUGGAAGUUGCUUUAUAUUCGACUUGUUUUAUUUUGAGGGCCGACAAAAUUUGCCCUUUGAAAAUGAACAACAAUAGAUUUAUUAUUCGCACGUUCACAUACAGAUACAGAGGAAAAAAUAUGAUAGGAAGUGCCUUUCCAGAAAUUUAAAUGUUUAUUUAAAGUUAUCUUUAUGCAUGAUUGGGGGAGCCUUUUCCGAAAUCUAAAUGUUGUUUAUUUAAAAAUAUGUUUAUAUAUGUUUAUUUUUUUGCGACUGUUAAUAAACAAAUUUUACAUA